GCAUAGAAGCCGUCUAGCGUACAAGCCAGAUCAGAGAGCUUCAUCACUUCAGCAGACAAAAUACAUUUGUUAUAACUCCUUCACCAGUUCAUCCGUGCCGUGUCUCCACUCUUUUUUUCUCACUCUCUCUCUCUUUUUCUUUCUAUCCCUCUCUUCCUGGAUUUCAGCUACAGGCCACGCUUCUGAUCUAGUCUUCGACCCCUCGUCGCCUCCAUCAUGUCCGACCCUGCCGCGGACCUCCCGUUCUUCUAUGGCAGCAUCAGUCGCUCAGAGGCCGAGGAGCACCUGAAGCUGGCAGGCAUGGGAGACGGCCUCUUCCUCCUGCGCCAGUGCCUCCGCAGCUUGGGCGGCUACGUCCUGUCCCUGGUUUGGAACCUGGAGUUCUACCAUUACUCCAUUGAAAAACAGCUCAACGGCACAUACUGCAUCGCAGGUGGGAAGCCUCACUGUGGACCUGCUGAGCUCUGUGAGUACUACAGCAAAGACCCCGACGGGCUCGUGUGCACCUUGAGAAAACCCUGCCUGCGAUCGACUGACACACAAAUCAAGACGGGCGUCUUCGACAGCCUGAGGGACAAUAUGCUCAGGGAAUAUGUGCGUCAGACUUGGCACCUGGAGGGGGAGGCCAUGGAACAAGCCAUCAUUAGCCAGGCCCCACAGCUAGAGAAACUGAUUGCCACCACAGCGCAUGAGAAAAUGCCCUGGUUCCACGGCAAGAUCUCUCGCCAGGAGGGUGAGAGACGACUGUACUCAGGAUCUCAGCCUGAUGGAAAGUUCCUAGUCCGAGAGAGAGAAGAAUUUGGCACGUUCGCACUGUCAGUGACAUACGGAAAAACAGUAUACCAUUAUCAGAUCUUACACGACAAAUCAGGGAGAUACGCAAUGCCAGAGGGAACUAAAUUUGACACUGUGUGGCAGCUGGUGGAGUAUUUAAAGAUGAAGCCUGAUGGUCUUGUGACUGUACUGAGAGAACCGUGUGUCAACCAAAGCAAUGCAGCAUCAGCUCUUAUGAAUCUUCCGAGGAGGCAGAGAGGUAAUGGAUACACACCGCUCCCUAUGGUACCCGAGCCUCCACGUCCAUCAUUGCCUAUGGACCAUGAUGCAUUCAUCAGUCCUUACGAUGAUCCAAAUGAAUGCAAGAAGAAGACCCUGUUCAUCAAGAGAGACAAGCUCAUGAUCGAUGAGGUGGAGCUUGGUUCAGGCAACUUCGGCUGUGUCAAGAAAGGUGUAUUCAAAAUGGAAAGCAAACAGAUUGAUGUGGCGAUUAAAGUGUUGAAGAAUGAGAAUGAAAAAUCAGUAAAGGAUGAAAUGAUGCGAGAGGCACAUUUUAUGCAUCAGCUGAGUGAUCCGUUCAUUGUGCGCAUGAUUGGACUCUGUGAGGCUGAAGCGCUCAUGUUGGUGAUGGAAAUGGCCCCCGCUGGCCCACUCAACAAGUUUCUCUCUGGCAAGAAGGACCAGGUCACUGUUGAAAACAUUGUGAUGAUGAUGCAUCAAGUCUCAAUGGGGAUGAAGUAUUUAGAAGGAAGGAACUUUGUGCACAGAGACCUGGCAGCCCGUAAUGUACUAUUAGUCAACCAACAAUAUGCCAAGAUCAGUGACUUUGGCCUCUCCAAGGCACUGGGUGCAGAUGACAACUAUUACAAGGCCCGUACAGGAGGUAAAUGGCCUCUGAAGUGGUACGCACCAGAGUGCAUUCAGUUUCAUAAGUUCUCCAGUAAAAGUGACGUUUGGAGCUUUGGCAUUACGAUGUGGGAGGCCUUCUCCUAUGGAGGAAAGCCUUAUAAGAAAAUGAAAGGCCCAGAGGUCAUGAGUUUUAUUGAUAGUGGUAAUCGUAUGGAUUGCCCUGCUGGAUGUCCUGAGGCAAUGUAUGAACUGAUGAAGGAGUGCUGGACAUACAAGCAUGAAGAACGGCCAGGCUUUGUCAAAGUGGAGGAGAAGAUGAGAACUUUCUAUUACUCCAUUUGCAAAAAGAUUCCAGACUACAUGAAAACAGAGAACGGAAAGCCCCCUAAGUGAUCAGAAGGGCAAAUCUAUUAUGCAUUUUGAAUUUAGCAUUGCGGUGUGUUUUGGGUUAAAGGAAAUGUGUGCAAACUUAAUGGUUAAUGUGCUGGCAGAAGAUUAACAAAUUGUCAGUUUUUGUACAGAUUUGUUUUUUCCCAGUGGGUCCCUUUGACCUGUGUGUUUUGAGCCAGGACAGAAUGAAAACAUUGUGAAGAACAUUAAGUAACUUUGAUAUUAUGUCUAUCAAACUAUUGACUGAGUAAUGCAAGUCACCUUUUUUAAAUUAUUGGCCUGCUAUUAUCAGUGCUCAUAAUAUUAUUCAGUGCCUAUUUACUAUUUAAAUGUGCCAGGAAAUACUUUUCCU